AUGAAGGAUAACGACAUUUAACAUGCUGAUUCAGAGCAUGCUUCUGGGAACACGACAUUGGUGCCUGGGAGCUAGGAGGGCUGUCCACCUGUCUGGGUACAGUUCAUGGCAGUGACUUUUUUAAUCAGUCGAAAUCUGCAAAUCUUUGACAUUUUUCAUGGACCACUCACCUUUGCCAAACUCAAAGGAACAAGUGAAUGUUACUGUUGGGUAGACUGCCACUGGUCUGGAACAAGCCAUGGUUCAAGACACACAGUGAGUGGUCUGUGAGCCCCUGUCUAGGGGUGCAAUGAGCUGUAAACCUGCCUGUCUGAGGAUUUUGCAUUCAUCAGUGCAGACAGCCCGUCUGAACUUGGUUCUUCUCAUAAAGAGAGAGUAAAAGAUUGUGGGGGGAUCUUAAGAUGGCAAUGCAAAGGGCAUGCUCUCUGAGGAGUCACACACAAAAAACCUCAUGUUCUGAUACUGGUUGUGUUUGGUGUAUUUGAAGACAUACUGGCAAACCUUAAUUGGAUGUAUGUAUGUGUCUGUUCUCCAAAGUGAUAGGGGACAAGGCCUUUCUGGCAGGGACUGCAUGGCCUGAUUUCUGCUGAAAGUGCUGUUUCUGAUGGGGCUUUCUUAGUGAAUACAGGGAUUUCUGGGACCUUAAAGGACUGGGACAGUCCUGGCAACCAUCUCCAAUGAGCUAUUGUUCUGCUUGUGCACUUGCUUUUCACACUGCAAGGGCCCUAAGUGUGGCCCUGGGCAGCAUCUGGCUCAUCUAUGGGCCAAACUCUAUUCUGGGAAACUAGCAAACCAUGGCAUACAUACUUUGUCUGAUACAUCCUUGCAAAAUCAGGCACCCCACAAACAUCAACCCUACGGUAUGCUGCCUAAUUUCUGAUUAAUGCCCUGCUGGGAGAAGGCUCAAAGCUACAUCUCCCAGUGUGAUGCCGUUGUUGCCAGUCUAGGGGCUAGCCUGGAAGGAGCAGGUUUACUGGCCCCAGGGGUGAGCCCUGUGCUGUGACAGGGGAGAGGACUUUGUGUGACUGGCAGAAAGUGGUGGGAGAGCUGGGGGACUCCUGUGGCCCAGGCCAGACUGCUCUUGUGCUGGCACCAGUGUGGCUUCCUCUGCCUCUUCAUGUGAGCAGCUAAUCACUGGCAUAUGGUCCUGCUCUUGCCUUUGCAAAAGAAAAAAAAAUGCGGCCUUUGCAUCUGUUUUGUCUUUUUGAUGUGAUUUCAAAAGAAACAAGCCAGUCUCUCUCCGUUUUUUAUGAGAAGUGAAGGUGCUAGGAGUGGCUGGAGAUGCCUACCUUGCACACUGAAACACUUCCCAAAGGAAUUGCAUAUUCCUAUCCCGCGCAUUUCCUUCCCUGCUUGAUCUGGCACAUACCCCACAACAUUUUAAAAGGCUCCAAGCUCACUGAAUCAGCUACAGCAGGCAGCAUGCUGAGAAGUUCUCUAAACCCCUCUGAAGUUCUGUAUGCUGCUCCUAGAGAAAAAGCAUGUGACUGCUGUCAUGCACAAUGUUUUUAGAUCCUUAAGUUUUUAAUUCAGCCUGUGACCAGAGGCAUAGCUGGAUGCAAUUUUCUGUUUAAUAUACUAAGCAGGGAAUAGUUGGAAGCUCUUACAGCUUUUUUUCUGGCUUUCCAUAUAUCAGUUUGGAUUACGCUACUUCACCAAUCUGUUCACACAACUUAAUAAGCAGUAUCCACAGCAGACAUUUUUGUCUAGUUGUGGUGGUUCCUUGGCUGUAUUCCAUCCUCGACCUCUUCAGCAAACCCUGGGCUGCAUAGAUCUAUUUUUAAGGCACUAUACUGGCAUCGGGUAAAGGUUAUAGUAGGAAAGGCAAUACUGCCUGUGAUUGCUAGAUCGUUUUCCAGUGUUUUGGUUUUGCCUGUAGUCUAACAUUUUAUUAGUAAGAAAUUUUCACAUUUUGAGCUGCAUUUUCUUUCUAUCUGUAAUAUGCAGGGCCACAUUUGAAUGGCACAGCUGUGUAGCCACAAGUGGGGGGAACUAUUCUUCAGCCUCCUUCCACAGCCCCACUUUCCAGAACUCACCCCACCAGCCGAUGCCAGGCAAGAGGAAGGGUUUGUCACAGCAUCUGCCUUUGAUUCCCACUGCAGUACUACCUACCUACAGCCCUGCUCAAGGGCUGAACUGCGACAUUUGCUGAAAGGUCGCUUGCUCCAAUUUCAGCUGGCACCAUCCAAGUGGCUAACAUUUCAAAUCAGUUCGAAGAGGUAUCACCUUUAAGGCACUGGGCGUGCCUAUAAGCCAGUGGAAAUGUGAAUCAUCCCUAAGAGCUCUUGUGUAAUCUUUAUGUAUGAGAGGAGAUCUCCCACAGAUCUGUCAAACUGAGGUGUUUAUUUUUUUUAAUCUUUCUAUGCUGUUCCAGCCAAUCCUACUGAUCUGUCCCCAGGCUCAUACAGAAUCCUCAUACAUUUUUUAAACAAUCUGAUUUCUUCCUCAUUAAAUGGUAAUUAUUUAUACAGUUUAGUAAUUCAGUUUAAUCAUUCUUGUUUUUAUCAUUCAGUGGCACCACAGUAUUUAUCAAAACAGUAAAGUUUUCAUGCAGCCCAGUCUUGUGCCUUUUCCAAGUUUUAUUUUUUUUCUUGUUCCACAAUUGCUUGCAAUAUUUCUGGAAAGCUUGGUUGUAGACAUCGUGUUCUUUACAUAUUAGUGUAAGUUACGUUCUUAUUGAAGGGGUGUUAAUUGAGCACCAGCUGAAAGCAUGUGCUUUGUGCACACCAAAAUGUUUUCAGUACUUGUAAAAAGCAUUUGGUUAUUUAUCAGUUAAAAAAAAAAAGACGUAAAUAAUGGACUUCUUAACUCUGAGAACACUCUUUAAAUCACUAACUCCAAAACAAACUUUCUUUCACAAGGUAAUCUGAACUUUGUCUUUUUGAACAGAGUAAAAGAUCACUUACAAUCAACAGUAAAGAAGAUCUGCACGUGAUGUUUUGACAAAUGCUAGAAGCCAUAGGCCAACCCCCACCCCAUUUCUUAUUUGCUAAAUUGAUUUGGUAUCAUGAUGGUAUUCUAGCUACACAGCAGAGACAUUUCACUUUAAAAGCAUUUCAGGAUUGGUCAGGCUGACAACUGCCAUAUGAUGAAAUAAUGUGCAGAAUGUAAUGGCUGUACUUUAAACCAGCAGAUCCAUUUGCAUGUAUAAUGUGAAACCUGUCUCCUUCUUUUCGUAAUAGCACCAUGUGCUAUCCCAGGGCUCCCUAAAUAUGUUAUAUGUGCGUUUUCUGCAAAGUCUGUUCGAAGAAAAGAAGUCUCCUAACCUGACAACAAGUGCUCUGGAAUAUCCAUCCCACUAUAUGAAUGAUCUGCUUUAAGAGAGUGCUGCUAGUAAGUAGCAUGGAGUCUGCAACAUGUAAUUGUUCUUACUUCCUUAUCUCAGUGAGAUGAUAGUGCUGUAAUUAAAAUCCAUAAUUCCAGUGUUCCAGAUAGCAUGUACCUAGUUCAUUGACAUUUCUGUCUACCUUUGCAUUUGCAUUAUGUGAUCCAAGUAUGUUGCUUGUAGGAACUACAGGCAGUUUAUUUGCAAAUUUGGACAUACCUGUAUUUACAUGUUGUACUACAGUAACAAAGCUAAUGUAAUAUUUCAUUUUGUGACUUAUGAUACAGACAUGCUUAAAUCAGACAAGCUUAAUUAGUAAAUUAUUGAAAACAUCAGUACUUUCUAACCAGUCAAGCCACCACUCAGCAGCACUUCUCAUUCAUGCAAGCCCUAUAAUAUUACAAGUAGCCCAGGCUAGGAAUGAAGUCAUCACACUGGGAUUGCAGCAGACCAACUAGCAACAUAAAGCAUCUUUUAAAAAUGCAUGUCUAGAUGCACUCUGCAGCUCCUGUUUUUUCUCCUGGAAUGUGUUGUACACCUUCAAAACCCUCCUCUAUGGAGGAGACCACAAAGGGGAGAGCAAGCAGGGAUUAAGGUGAUAUGGGAAGAGAAUGUCACUGUCCAGAGUCACAGCAUGCUGGUGCUCUGCCACAGGGCACUAUGGCACGCAUGAUUACUGAUGUCCUGUGCCUUCAUUUCUUGCACCUUGCAAACUGUGUGCUUUGCCUUGGCUAUGCUGAGCUUGUUCCUGUGCAGCAGCUACAGGAAAGCAGGCUCCAGCUAAGCAGCCAGCCAGAGCUUUGCAUUACAAGCAGUUCAACACAACAGUUGCUAGAAUAUGAGACUAGCUCCGCACACCACUAAUUUCAGUGCAUGGGGAGGGCAGCCGCACAGUGGUUCCUCUGCUGUAGUCCCACCUAAGACUCCUUUCCUGUAUCCCGGGGGAGCUGUGGAGCCAGCUCGGGGUGCAGUUACUCUGAGCACUCAAUCACAUGGUCUCAGAAACUUCUUAAUAAACUCUGGCCAGCAAGGCAGCCAACAGCUUUGCCUCAAAUUAAACCAGCCACCCGGGAUCUCAACACGGCAAGAAAGCCUCUCAUCAUCCAGCUGAGAAAACGGAGUCUCGUACCCAGCAAAAAUGUCCGACAAAAGCCCCUUUGAAACGGACAUGCUGACGCUGACACGAUUCGUUAUGGAGAAGGGACGCCGCGUUAAAGGAGCGACAGGGGAGCUGACACAGCUGCUCAACUCCAUGCUGACUGCCAUAAAGGCCAUUUCCUCUGCAGUCAGAAAGGCAGGCCUUGCCCACAUGUUUGGUAUAGCUGGCACAGUGAACGUGACGGGUGAUGAAGUGAAGAAGCUGGACGUAUUAUCCAACUCUCUGGUGAUUAAUAUGCUCCAGUCCUCCUAUAGCACCUGCGUCCUGGUCACAGAGGAGGACAAGGAGGCCAUCAUCACCCCCAAAGACAAGCAGGGUAAAUAUGUGGUGUGCUUUGAUCCCCUUGAUGGCUCAUCCAAUAUAGACUGCUUGGCACCAAUAGGAACAAUAUUUGCUAUCUACAAAAAGGAAACAGACAAUGAGCCCUCUGAAAAAGAUGCUUUACAGCCUGGACGCAAAAUUGUUGCUGCAGGCUAUGCCUUGUACGGCAGUGCUACACUGGUUGCCCUCUCCACAGGACAAGGAGUGGACUGUUUCAUGCUUGAUCCGGGUCUUGGUGAAUUUAUUUUGGUGGACAGAGAUGUUAAAAUCAAGAAGAAAGGGAAGGUAUACAGUCUCAAUGAAGGUUAUGCGAAGUAUUUUGAACCUGCAAUGACAGAAUAUUUACAAAAGAAGAAAUUCCCGGAGGAUGGCAGUUCCCCGUAUGGUGCCAGAUAUGUGGGCUCCAUGGUAGCUGAUGUUCAUCGCACACUGAUGUAUGGUGGGAUCUUCAUGUAUCCUGCUAAUCAGAAGAGUCCUAAAGGAAAGCUCAGACUUCUUUAUGAGUGCAACCCUAUGGCUUUCAUCAUUGAGCAGGCAGGUGGGAUGGCAACGACAGGGACUGAGGCAGUGCUGGAUGUGAAACCUGAGAGUCUUCACCAGAGAGUCCCUCUUAUCCUUGGUUCUCCAGAGGAUGUGCAAGAAUACCUUGCUUGUGUACAGAAACACCAGAAGAGUAGCUAAAGCCUUUUCCACAGCAGACCUUCCUCAUGUGUCUUUGGUCUACAGGAAAACCUGUACCUGUCAAGAUGGUGGACUCUAGCAACUAGCACCCACCUCUCAGUGAAAAUCCCACUUUAUAAGAAGAAGAAAAAUAGUAAGAAUGUUUGUUGGGAAAAACAUAAAUUUCAUUUCUCCUUGCAGACAAAUGUAAAAAUCCUUUAACUCUGAUCUAUGCAGUGCAAAUGCAGACAGAAGUCUGAUUAUUAAACAGAAGCAGCUUACUUUAUGUAUUAUUAACAAAAGGAAGUGGAUUGUGUCAGUAUUCUCAUUUGAUCUGAAGCUUUACAUGUGAUAUGACAUGGUUGGCGUUCUUUGAGACUUCAUUUUCACAUCAACAUUUCCAAUGCCACUAACUAACUGGAUUUUCUACCAGCGGAUUUGUUGCAGGUGCUUUUUGUUUCAUCAGCCCUGAGAAGACCAAAAAUGUUGUGCCGUCUGAAACGGUAUUUUUAAGAUCCAAGUUAUAUAUGUCUGCCAUAAUUAAUAAAGAUUAAAAGGCUGCAA